AUGAUUUCAGGUUCUUAUGUAUGGACACAACCCACUCAAGGAAUAAUUCUGGGAAGUGAAUAUUACGGUUUCGUAUUUGCCGAACUCGUUGGAGGGACCAUUACUUUUUUAUUCGGUCCAAAAAAAAUUUUCAUAAUUUCUUCAUUACUCUCUUCAAUAUUAUGCAUUUUAACACCGUUUUGUGCAGAUGUCGGUGUUUCAGUUAUAUCAUUAUGUCAAGCUAUCUUCGGAUUUGGACAGGGUCUUGUAUUUUACGGAUCUUUUACACUGUUAGUAAGAUGGAGUCCAGAAAACGAAAAAUCCACAUUAUCAUCAGUUUCAUUAUCUGGUAUGCAAGUCGGUACGUUUGUUGGUUUAAUUACGACAGGAUAUAUCUGUGAACACAUUGGAUGGCCGUUUAGCUUCUACAUAUUUGGUGUAUGUGGGAUUGUCUUUUCUUUAUGUGUCACGUUUACAGUUUAUGACAGACCUGAAAAACAUCCUAGAAUAUCUGACAAAGAAUUGACGUUUCUUAACGAAUGCGUAACAAACGUCGCCUCAAGAGAAACGAAGUUGAAUAUUCCCUGGAAACAAAUUUUAACAUCCAGAGUAGUAUGGAUAUUAGCUCUGACGAAAAUUUGUGUUGGUUUCGGUUAUUAUACAAUAUUGACUAAGAUUCCAUCAUAUUUAGAGAUUAUUCUUCACUUUCCUAUCCAGCAGAAUGGAAUUGUGAGUGCAUUAGUUUAUUCAGUGGAUGCUAUAGCGAUAUUUAUUUCUGGUUUCAUUGCUGAUUUCAUAAAAGCUCGUAAAUAUUUAAGUAUAACUAAUAUCAGAAAACUUUGCGAGACAAUUGCUACGUGUGGUCCGGCAUUAGGCAUCUUAGCGAUUUCAUUUCUAGGCUGCGAGAGUACAAAUGUAAUUAUUUGUUUAAUGAUUGGAAUGGGAUGUUUUGGCUUUAAUGUUUCAGGAGAUGUUGCAAUAGCGCUUGAUUUAGCUCCAGAAUUUGCAGGUGUCAUUUACGGAUUGACUGAUAGUUUAUAUAACGCUGCAGGUAUAUUUUCACCCUAUGUUGCUGGAGUUAUAUUAGAUAAAAACGAAGGAGACAUGAUUCAAUGGAGCUACAUGUUUUAUAUGGUCUCUUCGGCUUACAUUCUGGGUGGUGUAAUUUUUAUAUUUGGAGCUACUGCAAAAGUUCAACCUUGGGCUACCAUUAAUACAGACAAGAAACAAGACGACAAUUAAUCAUGAAUAUAAAUCGAAUUUUAUUUGGAACGAUAAAAAUUUUGCUUAUAGAAUAAUUAGAAGCCAAGACAUGUAAAAUUAGAUAUGGUAGAUAUAGUAGCAAAAUUUCUGUCAUUGCCCUGUUUCUAAUUUUUGAUAGUAGAAAAAUAUAUUAGUUUGAUUACAGAAGACAAUAAGAGACAGAUAUUGUGAUAAUUAAUCACAUUUGUUUAAAUCAUUCCAACAACAAUUUAUCAUAAUCUCUAAAAAACGUAUAUUAUUAUUCGAGCAAAUCAUUGAAUUAAUUACCCAGACUCGAUUUUUGGUCGGGUUGUUUAGAUUUUUAGGUUUACGAUCGAUAUAAAUUUUCUGUCUCUUUCUACAUAUAAAACUCUCUCUAUAUGUAAUAAAAACGUUUAUUACAAAUGUGGAAGUAUUAAAUUUUAUUUUACCUUAUUUUAACUACAGUAA